UUUACUAGUCCUUGUAAUUUGCAUCAAAACCAAUUUUGUCACAUGAACUUCGUCAUUAGCUCGGAGAUUCACAUUCAAACAGAUUUUCGCCAUUGUUAACUCCUCCGCUGUUUAUCACCAUGUCCUCAACCGUCGACCAAACGGAAUUGCAAAAAGAAGUAGAAGCUCCGGCCACCGUGACUGACCCAGGAGACACCGCGAUCCUGUCGGGGGAAGCACCAGCAGACGGUGCUGGAGAUCCGAAACACGAGGAAUCCAAGGAAUUUGCUACCCAAUCCGGAGAUGUACAGUCAAACGAUGCAGAGGCUUCAAAAUCUGACGAGAAAUUGACGAAAUCCAACGAGGCGAGUGAUGCAGAUCCCAAGGCAAAUGAGAGAGCUAUUUCUAGCCAGUCUGGAGAUGUACAAUUGAACAAUGCAGAGGCCUCGGAAUUGAUCCGAUCGAACAACUCAGAUGAUUCAGAUCCCAAAGCGGAUGAGCCGAAGGGUGAUACUGUUGAAUCUAAUGAAACGGGAAGUAACUCGAAGCAGCUAAAAAAGGAUGAAGGUAGCCGAACAUUUACAAUGAGAGAGUUGUUGGAUGAAUUGAAGAAUGGAGAUGCCAAUGAAGAUUCUGAAGCUGAAAGACGAGAAAGCGACACACCUCACAGUCAACAGAGCAGUCAGCAGCAUGCAGAAAGUAAUGCUGCCUUGGAGUUGAUUAACAGUGUCACAGGUGCUGAUGAGGAGGGCCGAUCUCGCCAACGGAUUCUAACAUAUGCUGCCCGGAGGUAUGCUACUGCACUGGAGCGAAAUCAAGAAGAUUAUGAUGCGCUUUAUAAUUGGGCACUGGUUCUUCAGGAAAGUGCAGAUAAUGUAAGCCCAGAUUCCACUUCACCUUCAAAAGAUUCUUUGCUCGAACAGGCAUGCAAAAAGUAUGAGGAGGCAACCCGCCUUUGUCCUACGCUGAAUGAUGCUUACUACAAUUGGGCCAUUGCAAUAUCUGAUCGAGCCAAAAUCCGGGGUCGUACAAAAGAAGCUGAAGAACUUUGGAAGCAGGCAACAAAGAAUUAUGAAAAGGCUGUCCAGCUCAAUUGGAACAGUCCACAGGCAUUGAACAACUGGGGGCUUGCCCUGCAGGAACUCAGUGCAAUUGUUCCUGCAAGAGAAAAGCUAACAAUUGUCAAAACAGCGAUCAGUAAGUUUCGUGCAGCAAUCCAACUGCAAUUUGAUUUCCAUAGAGCAAUCUACAACCUUGGAACUGUUCUGUAUGGAUUAGCAGAGGACAUGUCAAGAACAGGGGGAGCUGUUACUGCUAAGGAUAUUUCUCCUAAUGAGUUGUACAGCCAGUCUGCGAUUUACAUUGCUGCUGCACAUGCACUUAAACCAAAUUACUCGGUUUAUACAAGUGCCUUGAAGCUUGUGCGAUCUAUGCUACCUCUGCCCUACCUAAAGGUCGGAUAUCUCACUUCACCACCUGCUGGUAAUCCACUCGCACCACACAGUGACUGGAAGCGUUCUCAGUUUGUUUUGAAUCAGGAAGGACUUCAACAGAUCAGUAAAGUUGAUCAAAGACACAUGUCAAGUAGCCUUUCAUCAAAUUCAGCAGAUACGAGUCCUAGUAGACAAGCAAUUAAAGUUGAUGUGCCAGAUAUCAUCUCUGUAUCAGCCUGUGCAGAUCUUACAUUACCACCUGGUGCAGGCCUCCGUAUUGAUACGAUUCAUGGGCCAGUUUACAUGAUUGCAGAUUCAUGGGAAUCUUUGGACUGGUGGCUUGACGCAAUUCGUUUGGUUUACACGAUAGGUGCAAGGGACAAGAGUGACGUUUUGGCAGGCAUCAUCACUUCAUAAGCUUUUAGCAUGUAACUAUAUGAUCAACCUCAAAGGUGGGAUUCCUGCUCGAGAAAAGCCUGAUUUAUUAGUCUCUGGAGUCUGUUGCUAAUGUACACUUGUAUAUUAUUUGAUUUUUCACAUGAAAUGAGGUUCAUUGAAGUUCCUCUUUUAAGCGGACGUACGUCACAGGACUACAGAUAUUUGAACUUGUACUGAUGAUGUUUCAUAGAUGUGGAUUAAGGAAGAGACUUUUUUAAUUAAAUUCUUAGAGGGUUCUUCUUGUGAUCGUCUAUCGAGUUGAUUUGCUUAUUUAAAUUAAAAGA